AAGUGGCAACAACACUACAUCUGUUUGCGUCCGUCUAAAAUAUUGAUUGGUUUGGGUUUUGAUUUGACAAUGGAUCCUGCUGAUUUAGUUGAAGUUGAUUUGCAAGCUGAUAAAAGUAAAAAAUGUUUAGAUCGAUGGAUGGAAAAUCUUCCAGAAGAAGCACAUACCCUUCCUUUGCAUUGUUUAGCUAUCCCGGGUUCUCAUGAUUCUAUGAGCUGCACUGUAACACCACAGUCAGACGUAGCACCCGAUGAUCUUGACCUCUAUAAUUCUUACUUCAUCCGUGCAACAAGUUGCUUGUCAAAAAGAGUAAUCUACAACUGGUGUUGCACCCAAUCCUUUGACUGCAAGCAACAACUUGAAGCAGGAAUCAGAUACUUUGAUCUGAGAGUGGCUAAACGACCUGAGGAUGGACUUCUAUACAUAGUGCAUGGCCUGUAUGGUGCAGAAACCAAAAAAGUACUUGAAAAAAUGCACGAAUUUCUAGACUCACAUUCCAAAGAAGUGGUUUUGUUAGAUUUCCAGCAUCUGUACGAGAUGAACCAUUUUGACCACCACAAGUUGCUGCACCAACUCACAGAAAUCUUCGGGGCCAUGCUGUGCCCUUAUGUUGCGGACCUUACUGAAUUCACUUUGUCGUGGAUGUGGGAGAGGGGGUUUCAGGUUGUGGUGUUCUAUCGAGAUUCGGUUGCACAAUACCAUCCCUUCCUGUGGCCAUCUGAAUCCAUUCCAAAUCCUUGGCCAAACACAAGGAGCAUCAAGUUUUUGCUCGCUUUCUUGACAGGAUACGAGAGGAAAAGAGAGGCAGGUAAGUUCUUUGUAUCCCAGUCCAUUCUGACGCCAAAUCUGUUUUUCAUUUUGAGGAAUAUUCUUGGGAAUUUGAGAAGCGUGCUGGUGAACGAGAGCAACAAGCAGCUUCUGAAAUGGCUCGAAGACAAACAUCCCGGCCCUCAUGGCUUAAAUAUUGUCAUAUGCGAUUUUAUUGACUACAAUGACUGUGCCAUUCCUCAAAGUAUUAUCAACCUGAAUCACAAAUCACCUAUCAUGUCCAGCAAUGUGCGAAAAAGUAGUUAUGAAGUGGUUUGAUUUUUUUAAAGUAUGAUUUGAGUAGUGCCAAUACUAUCAACAAAAAAUUUGUAGUCUUUUUAAUUUAUUAAAUGUUGACUAUUUGUUUAUAUGCAACAAAAAUCACUUUUUAAUUGGACAAAAAAUUAACUUUAAGCUUUGAACAUGAAACAUUUUAUUUCCUUAAAAGG